AUGACAUACAAGAUACCUGGUGAUUUCAAGUUUCUAGAACAGGCCACUUUCGAUGGAUCCGGCGAUCCUCGAGAGCAUCUGCUAAGCUACCAAGCCAAGAUGCAAGUUUUAGGAGUUCGGGACCCUGUCAUGUGUCGCGCCUUCCUGCCCAUGUUAAAAGGCUCAGCACAAAGAUGGCUGGUGGCAUUGCCUCCGGGGUCGAUUCACAGUUUUGAAGAGCUAGCCGAUCGUUUCAUGAGCCAUUACGCGGCCAAUAUCAAACCACAGAAGGAUCUAAUGCAUUUGGGAGACGUUCACCAAGAAGAAGGUGAGUCCUUAAAAACCUACUUGGCCCGCUGGCAGAAAGAAAUUCAAUCUAUCGAAGAGGUCGAGGACCAGACCGCGCUCACCUUCUUCAUCGAGUCCUUGCGAUCCGGACAGCUAUACCGGGAUCUGUGGGAUAAUCGCCCGACCACCUAUGCGGAAGCCAUACACAUGGCCAAUAAGAGGGCUAACACGGAGCAGGCCAUAAAGCACAAACGACAGCAUGAAGUUGGAGGAUCUACCGGUGGAAAGAGAACCAGGGCGCAAGUCAAGGAAAGGCAUCCGGAAAUGGCUCGGCGGCCCGAGGUUAGGCGUCCAUAUGAUAAGCCCACCGUACAUUCCUAUAGACCGGCUCCUGAGCGUCCGGUACAUGAGGUACAAGCAGUCGCUCCACCUCCGCUCCCGCCGACUAACGAUCGCGCGAUGAACGAAGAAACAGGUAAUGCCUCUAAAUAUUGUCGUUAUCACAAAUCUUACACUCACAGCACGGAAGAAUGCUUCUACUUGAAAAAGAUCAUGGAAGGAAUCACCCAACAAGGGACCUCGCCUCCUAAUCAGUGGAGGCGGAGGUCGGCGGCACGGGAGGGUAGUGACCCCGCAGUCGCCGCCGAGAGCAGUCGCGGCAAGCAGCCAGUGACCGAGGAAGAUGAGGCGUAG